AUGCCUCGCUGGGAUGUCGAAAAACUGAUUACACUCGUCCAGGAGAGGCCCGAGCUGUGGGAUACCCGGCAAAAUGCCUAUAGCGACAGACUGAAAAAAGAUGCUUUGUGGGAGAAAGUGGCACGGAGCAUGCGGCGAAGUGAAUGGGCCAAGGCUGAUAGCCGAGGCCGGGCCGAAUUAGUGAAACAAACGAAAACCCGCUGGGCGAGCUGCCGGGACCAGUUCCGGCGGGAGCUGACCAGCAAAGGCCGGAGUGGGGAGGGAUCAUCGACCAAACGUGCCUAUAUUUAUACGGCCCAGUUACAGUUUCUGCGGCCAGUAAUGGAACUGAGGCCUACUGUGGACAGUCUGGAUCCCUCACAAGAUUCCGACACGUCGGCCAGUGAACCCCCUGCAGGAUUUUCUCCCCAGGCAACUCCUUCGCCAACGCCGGCUGAGGACCCUGAGGACUCCACGCUGGCCGAGGACCCCCUACCACCUUGCAGUCCACCACGGAUUGUCCAGCCCCAGCCCAGACGGCGCCGCCAACUCCCUCCCUCUACCUCUGGGCCAGAGAGUCGGGAGGCUAUUGAUUCCCGCCUCAUAGAAUUUCUGGCCCAGAGGAGGAGUGAAGGAGUGGAGGAGAAAACAUUACGGGGCUUAGGACAGCUAUUGAGGCAUGUCACUCCUUUAGAGCCUUGCGUCCUUAGCGGUCGUACUUAAAAUGUUUGCUAUUCCUAACCAUGGGGACAUUCUGGGCAAGCUAAAUGCCAUGAAAGUGGACCUUGAGAAUGCCGCACAGCAGCAAAGUGCCGGGCCAUUUGAAGGUGCGCCACAAGCAUCACAAGGUCCAGCAUACCACCCACAACCCCACUAUGGACUCCCCCAGGGCCCAAUGCAUCAAGUGGGUCAGCCCCUUUACCCGGGCAGUUUCACAUCUGGGGGACCUCAACAGGCCAAUGUCAGGCCACGGUCCACGUUUACUCCUGGAUCAUUUACUCAGGACCUUCUGAAUUUGUAAGCCAGUUUAAUGUUUCCGUUACAAGCACUUUAUAUGUUUUUCACUAAAAUGUU